AUGUUGAUUACCGACAAGGCAGCGGCAGAUGUGACCUGCUCGUUGUUACAGACAAUCUUGUUGCUCGGUGUCUUGGCACUCUCCACGGCCGUCGAUGCACACCCGGGGCCCGCCGGCGCCGACCUGGCCCGGCAGCUCCACCACCAGCCGGGCGGCAGUCCAUCAGUCUGGCCUCCGGCCUUGACCUGGGCCGCGCUCAACGCCACCUCUGGCGGGCGUCUCAUUCGGCCAACUCCGCCGGGAGUUGUCUGCCACCCCAGCGCCCCGGGCUUUCCCACUGCCACUAACAGCGACCCGCAGCAGUCGUGUGCUGACGUCGCGGCGCAGUGGACGACCAUGGAAUUCCACAGAGCCAGCCCGGUAUCCCCCAUGUGGAACCAGUACGCCAACGACACCUGCCUUCCGGACCCCGGCGCCCCGUGCAGCGCGGCCGGGUAUCCCGCGUACGUGCUGGACGCGGACUCGGCCGACGUGGUCAAGCUGGGCGUGGACUUUGCACGCACCCACAACAUCCGCCUCAAUGUCAAGAGCACCGGCCACGACUACCAGGGCCGGUCGACCCAGCCCGGGUCGCUGUCCAUCUGGAUCCACCGCCUUCAGGGCUACACGACGCAGCUGGACGCGAAGAAGGGCUUCAAGCCCCGGGGCUGCCACUCGGCGAUCCCCGGCGCCUCCGUGACGGCCCUGGGCGGCACGCAGAUGGGCAUGCUGUACGAGGGGCUCGACAGGCUCGGGUACGCCGUGGUCGGGGGCGGCAGCCGCGGUGUCGGCCUCGGGGGCUACAUCACCGGCGGCGGGCACUCGAUCCUCGCGCCGCGCUUCGGCAUGGCGGCGGACCAGGUGCUCGAGAUGGAGGUCGUGACUGCUGCCGGGCAGGUCGUCGUCGCCAACGAGUGUCAGAAUCAGGACCUGUUCUGGGCCAUGCGUGGUGGCGGCGGCUCAACCUUUGGCAUCAUGACAUCCGUCACAAUGACAGCCCACCCCACCCCGAAAAUCGUGAGCUACGAUGCGUUCUUCGGCACCCUGGACGUCACCUCGCCCCGAGUCCCCGACAUGUUUGGCUACAUCCUCUCGCAGUUCCCGGCGCUCGACAGCAAGGGGAUUGCCGGGUACGCGAGCUUCAGUCCGGCACUGAACUACAGCAUCCCCGGCAGCUCGUCGUCGUCGUCGUCGUCGUCGGGGGUGAACACGGAAGUUCUCGUCGCAGGCGGCAGCCUCAUCUUCAUCCUCGUCGGCGAGCAAGACCCGGCAGCGAUGAGCGCCAUCAUGGACCCGAUCCUAAACCACCUGAUCGCCUCCUCAAACUCGCCGAGCAACACUUCCGACCCGGAAUUCCCCAGCGGCCUCUUCAGCCCGGCCCCGCCGACAGUAAAAGCCUACGACUCGUUCUACUCGUGGUUCCGCGCCGGCCACGACGACCCUUCCCCCGCGGGCGGCAACAUGUUUGUCGGCUCGCACCUGCUCGACGCAAAGGCCCUGGGCGACCGGGCGAGGCUGUCCGAGGCGUACAGGACGUUCGCAUCGACCGGCGGCACGGGAUACCUUGUGAUCGGUAAGGGGGGCAGGAACGCAAAGCCUCGCGGAGGAGGGAACGCGGUCAACCCGUCUUUCCGCAGAGCCGUGUCGCAUUCUACCAAUGGUAUCGACUUUGAGCCUCUAAACCCAGCGGCCAGGGCACAGGCUUUGGUUGAUCUCAACAAAAAGCUACAGCCCUUGCGGGACCUGGCGCCCGACAUGGGAUCCUAUGUCAACGAGAACAACCCGGCCGAGCCAGACUGGCAACAUAGCUUCUGGGGAGAAAACUAUGCCCGGCUGCUAAGCAUCAAGCGCCGACUUGACCCGCACGAUGUCUUCUGGUGCCAUCCAUGUGUCGGCAACGACCGCUGGGAGGAGCGAGGAUACAGACUUUGCCGCAAGGGCUCUGCUUGA